CAACUAGAUGACGAUAUGACGACGUACCAGUCAUGAGUGGCAUGCCAGGACAUCCCUAGCCUUGGGAUCACAGACUGAGCUUCCGAACAGCUAAUCGGGUGGGCGCUCAUCAAUUCCCAGCUGUCGCCUCAUCCCACAUUUCUCCAUUUCUGAUCGUCACGACGUCACGACGUCAUGAGCCCACCAACUGCGCAAUGACAAUGAGAAGGAGCCCUCGGCAACGGACUCCCAGCAGUCCCAACAUGGCGUGCAGACCCAGAAGGAGUUGAUGUUCUUUUCAGGAACCAGUGCUCGUCAUGUUCAUUGUUGUUUUCUCGAAGCUCCCACAUCCUCAUCAAAAUUCCUGACUGAAGAUACCACGUUGACUUCUCUUCCUUUUCAAAGCACUUUUGCUCAUUUUUCUGACCUUCGCUCAAUCCGCAUAUACAACUCAUUUUCCAACAUGUCUUUCGUCACUAGGACACUUCCUCCCAUCCGCGUGGCUGCGAGGUCUCUUCCCUCGAGAUCUGCCACUGCCUUCCACACGUCCUCGGUACGCAAGUCAUUAAGUGAAGCCGAUCGAGAUCACCCCGAGAAAGCUCAAACCAUCGACCACCACAAGUCAGACAGCGUGGAAAAGGCCAAAACAGGCAAGGGAGAGUGGAAGCCCGAGCUAGCCUCAGCCAGCGAGCAAGCCAUCAGUGGUGAUAAAAAUGACAUGACCGUCGAGCAGAUGCAGAAGUUAGGGGCCAAGAAGUCGGAGGAGGGUAAAUCACCUUCUGGGAGCUCGAGCUCAAAGGGGACGCAGUAAAGCCCGAAGUGGGUAGGGAGAUACGAUUUUGUUCAAAUUUCAAGAUUCUUCCACGGCACCAUAUCACAGAGAAUGGAGGUCCAACACCUGUAUAGUUCUUG